GCCAGCCACGCUAGGAUGCGAGGGGGUAGAGCGCUGCGAAGGAAGAGACGGAUCCGUCCUGGAAGAUAAUCAAGCCUCAUCUGAAGCCCCCUUCCCCGAUAACCUUAACCCUGUAAUAAAAAGAAAGUGUUUCUUAUUGGAAAGAAUCUACAAGCUAAAGAAGGAGGUGUCAUUUCCCCUAAAGACCAGCCGCUGCCCUGAUGUCUGUUCUGAGUCGCGCCCGGGGCGUUCUAAUGCCAGGAUCCCGCUGAGCUAAACUCUUCACAGCGGCACGAUUCUAGUCGAGCCUCCCCCCACCCCCCGCGGCUGUUUGUGCCGCUAGCUUCUACGGAGCAGAAAGUGGCAGCGAGAGGGGGCGCGGGUUUUAGCAAUAAGCGUAUGUUAUCGCUGUGUAAGGGAGGCGCGCAUCUGACCCACGGAAGUCCCCUCGGAUCCCUCCCUGCGCCGAUCUCGGAGAGGGAAGAAGGCGCUGUUUAGGGGAACCCAAACAAAGGCUGCGCCGCCCGCGUUUCGCACGCCCGUGAGCCGAAGGACGAGGGGAAUCGAAAGCCGCCUCUCCGCAAGAUCGCAUCCUUGGCUCCCCUUCCCGGCUCGCUGCGCCAGGCGCGUGAACUUCGCCUACUCUCCGGAGGGGCAAGCGAGGAGACGGGCUUCCACCUACAGGCGGACGGGCUUGUUUGUUUAUUGGGAGGCUGCGAGUGACACGCAGGGAAACCAGGAGCGCUGGAGAACGCCCGCCCGCCCGCUCGGGAAAGGGCAACCGACGGCGGGGAGGGAAAAUCGAAGGAGGAAAAGCCGGCCGUCUUCCGUGCCCUGAACGGAAGGUGGGCCAUGUGGGCUCCGGGGUGUUAGACGUAUUUCUGUAUAUAUGCCUGCAUCUUUUUGCCUUCUCGCGUCGCUGGAGAAAAUGGAUUUCCUUGGCGGAGGCGCGCCACAUAAAAGCAUUACGCUGAUCGUCUUGCUGGAGUACGUUAUUUGGGGCCAGCCCGGAGCAGAUGCAGCAAGGCUUCGAGCUUUCCGUUGUGAUGGGCACUCCUGCAAUCCUCCCGUGGGGAAUCUAGCAACAGGCAGGACACCGGUCACACUUACCACCUGUGGGCAGAACAGCACUGAACUAUACUGUUUUUACCCAGACCACAACCUUCUCCAUCAUGUGCCACAAAGAUGUGGGCAGCCCAGGUGCACCAAGUGUAAUGCCAACCAGCCUGAUAACUCUCACCUUCCUCAGGAUAUGACUGAUGACUUCUUUCUCAACCCGGCUUCCUGGUGGCAGUCUGCACAAGGGGUACACAGGGAAGAAAUCCAGCUGGAUUUUGAAAUGGAGGUCUACCUGACCCACGUCAUAGUGGUAUUCAAGUCACCUCGUCCAGCAGCCAUGGUGCUAGAGAGGUCCCAAGACUUUGGGCAAACAUGGAGGCCUUACAAAUACUUUUCCGUCAACUGUACAGCCACUUUUGGGCUCCCUGAUGAUACUGUAGAGGAAGCUUCUGUGUGUACAUCCAGGUACUCAGAUGUGAUACCUUGCACCAGAGGUGAGGUGAUCUUUCGUGCCUUAACUCCUGCUAACAAGAUUGAAGACCCAUACAGUCCUGAAGCACAAGACCUACUGAAACUUACCAACUUGCGACUUCUCUUGUUAAAGAGACAAGAGUGUCCUUGCCAAGGUUCAGGACUUCUGGAGAAACCACACAGGUUUGCUCACUAUGCCAUCUAUGAUCUAAUUGUCCGGGGCAGCUGCUUUUGUAAUGGCCAUGCAGAAGAAUGUGAACUUGCCAACGGGACGAGAGCCGUAGAUAAUGUGGUCCAUGGGAAGUGUGUUUGCAGACACAACACUGCAGGACACCAUUGUGAGAGGUGUGCACCAUUGUACAAUGACCGACCAUGGGAGUCAGGAGAUGGAAAAACAGGGGCACCGAAUGAAUGCCGAAAGUGCCGAUGUCAUAAUCAUGCCGAUAGCUGCCAUUUUGACCUGGGUGUCUGGCUGGCAUCAGGAAAGCAAAGCGGAGGUGUCUGUGACCACUGCAAACACAACACAGAGGGCUACCGAUGCCAGAGGUGCAAGCCUGGUUUUUACAGAGAUAGAGGAAAACCCACGUCUUCCCCAGAGAUUUGCAAGCCUUGCUCCUGCCAACCAGUGGGCUCCAUGAACACAACCUUCAACCAGAGCUGGAGAUGCCACCCAAAGACAGGCUUCUGCUUCUGCAAGCCAGGUGUUGCAGGGCCAAAAUGUGACAGGUGUCUCAUGGGAUACUGGGGCUUUGGAGAAAAUGGCUGCCAACCUUGUGACUGUGCCAGGGACUGUGACAAGCACACGGGAGAGUGUCUUGAUAGUUAUGACAAUCAGGCUUUUUUUGAUGUUCCCAUUGGUGGAAGAAUCCCUGACCUCAUCCAAACACAAGUCAAUGAAAGUGAAGAUGAGUGGCAAUGGAAUGAUCAUGAGCAGGGAUUUUCUGCCUUAAGACAUCCAGAAAAGUGUGUGUGCAAAGAAAGAAUACUAGGAAGUGUCACCAAUUUCUGCCAGAUGAAAUAUGACUAUGUUAUAAAAGCAAAGAUUCUUUCAGCUCAUGACAAAGGAACUCAUGCAGAAGUCAUAGUAAAAGUGAGGAAGGUUCUCAAAUCAGGCAACGUGAAAAUCACUCGGAGUAACAGGAGCAUCUAUCCGGAGUCUUGGACCAACAGGGGAUGUACAUGCCCUAUUCUCAACCCUGGUGUAGACUACCUGAUAGCAGGACAGGAAGAUACAAGGACAAACAAACUCCUAGUGAACAUGAACAGCCUAGUGAAGCCCUGGAAAGCUCACUGGGGGAAGCUGGUGGCAGACAUGCUUCGAACUGGAUGCAAAUCGUCUCACCUUUCAAAGUGAAAGCCAUGAACCUUACACAUUAGAAAUAUUGCAGUGAACAGCCUAGUUAGCUCUCUUAUUGUCAUUCAGCCAGUACAUUCCUAGCUAAGUCAACUUUUACAGCAAGCCCAUCUUCUCUCAGUAUGUGGUUUAGGCAGGAAUCCUGUGCCAUGACUUCUUCCUUCCAUGAAUCAAAGGACAACUCCCUCCCCCUGCCUUCAGUAUUUGUAGGAUUGUGGCUAACCUCCAUAGAUCUCCAAAACUUUCAUUCUCCAUGUCCAAAAACAAGAUUGCAAGCCACAAUGAGCGUGGACAAUUCCAAGAAUCAACCUGAAGUUAUUAUGUAAGAUUGCUGCAUUAAGUAUUUGUUUCUGCAGGUCAUUUCCCAAAGUGUCUGUAAAGAAGCAGCGAAUUUGUUGAGUUUGGGACAUGCAAUGGACUAUGGUUGGUCUACAGUCUACAGUCAGAAUGAGUCUUUGGACUCCAGUAUGUUGUGCCCUCUGUUGUUUGCACCAGAGUUCUCUUAAGAAAAGUCUGCAUUUUGCAAGAGAAGCAGGCUAAAGGGAGACCAGGAGCGGUUCUGUGAUGCAUUCUUCCAUGGGUUCCACAUUUGGGGCAUGAGCAGCAUAUGCUUUUGCAGAAAAUGGAUUUCCCCUUUCCUCCUCCACUAGUGGGGAAAAGAGCUGGCUGGAGACCUAGGGAUUAUAUACUUGUUGGCUAAUGGACAAUUUUACGGUGCUAGGGAUCCACGGGUUUACCUUCUAUGGGCUUCCAUUCUCUCAAACCUCAUUUCUCUCUCCUGCCCCACUACAUCUGAUUUUAAGGUUGAGCCCACCCACACCAAGGGCCUCCUCUAAGGUUGCCUUCCCACCAACAUCCAAUACAUUAAACUAGUUUUUAAAGGGCUGCUGCUAAAAAUAAUUCAGUUUUACCUUGUCAAGGCAGAGCUCAGCAGCAACUUACCGUUCUGUGUACAUUAAAAAAAGACUAUUUGCCCUAAGCAAUGCAGGUGGUGGUACAAUGUGGCAAAUGGGAUAUACUGGACUGCUGACUGAAGGGAAACAAUUGCUACCUUUAGGGAUAGCUGCAGGGACAAUUUGACCUACUCUUUCAAAGAUCAUAUUUAAUAGUUAACAUAUCAAAUUCUGUUCUCAUAGUCUUUUCCUGUAAAGAUACUCAUCAGCUGGUUGCUGUUAUUGGCUAUAGCAGCUUGUAAUGAAUGAUUCUCUUGUCCAGGGUCCUGAAGAUCCCAAAAGGAGCCCAACACCUUGUCCCUAUUGCUUGUUAAUGCUGGAAAAGGAAACAAGCAAGCAGGCGUACAACACCCAGAUAGUAUUCCUUGCAUGGAGAAACCAGUGGGUAAUACUCAACGUCCUGACCAAUCAGGCACACAGGAGAAUGGUCUUGAAGAAGAGGGAAAGAAAGAAGCGCUUAUGGCUUCUCAGCAUUUACUUGUACUUUUCAGUAUUAUACAGAGUACAACUGCAGUUAAAAUAUUUCUGUGGUUUUCCAUGCAGAAAGCUUACACACAGCUGUAUGAAUAGGAAGUGAGAUCAUUUACUUCAGAGGCUUAAGAGCCUCUAAAUAUCAUCCCAGUUAGGCCUUCCCGCAGUCUCUUCCCUUGUACUUCAAGCCUGACUCUCUCCCCAUCUUAAAUAAAAUAAAAUGGAGGAGAAUGUAAGCCACUUUGGGUCUCCAUUGGGGAGAAAGGUGGGGCAUAAAUAAAGUAAAGUAAAUUCAGUCUCUUGCCCCUCCCUCUGUAAAGCUGCCUGCCAUUUUCUUAAAGAAAUUCUAAGUAAUGCAUGCAUAAUUGAAUAUAUGUGUAAUACCUCCCCUUUAAAAAAAUGAUCACCUUCCCUCUAACCCCCCCCCCAAAAAACAAUCAGCUUUAAAAACCUUGAAAACCUUGUUUUGAGAAGGAGGAAGUGUUAGUGACAUCAGAGUUAUUCCUGCCAAUCAAGCAUUGUGCAUAACCAACUUCACCUAUAAACAUGCAGUGCCCACCCCCACCACAUAAUCCAGAUAAAUUGAUUAAUCUGUGCUAAAGACCAUGAGUGCAUUUCUACAAUGACUUGGGUGGCGCACCCUAAGAAAUCAUGCUUUGAAUGGCACCGUGAAGCAACACAAAUCUUAGGUCUUAACUUGAAUGAUGAGAGAGGCCUGUCCCCCAAAGAAAAAAAAAGACUGCUAAUCCAGAGCUUUAAAACAAAUGCCAAGACCACGGCAAUACAGCCCGGAAAAUCCACAACAACCAUCUUUAAAACAAAGUUUGUUACAUUAACCAAAUAGACUGUAUGCAGAAGUCUCCCAUUAUAAGGUAUCACAUUUGUCCUAGAACCUAUGAAGAAUGCUUUGAAUACCAUUCACUUGCUGCAAAACAAAUUAAUUUAAGGUCACCUAAAAACGUGGAAGAGAAGAAGGGCUCAGGCUCUGGCUUAAGAGGACUGAUGUUAAAGUGUCUGAUGUUAAAAACAUGGCUCUAGCAUUUCAAUUUACAAUAGGCCUAGCUCUUUGACACACUAUUAGCCUUUCCUUUUGUUUAAGAUCCGAUAGCUACUUCAGAUAAUCUAUGAGCAGAUGACAUUUCUAGCUGCUCAAACCUUCUCAGCAAAAUGUUAUUCAAGUGAGAUGCAUUUUUAUAAUCUGUACAUGUAUGUUAUAUUGCCUGAAUGUAACACAACUUCAUCAUGUUUUGUUCUGACCAGGAAUGUUCGGUCCCCAAAAGAGCUAGGUUUAGCUAAGUCUUACUGAAGCCAAGGCUGUCUGUUCAUACAAAGGAACCGUUAGACGUUCCACUUCUGUGGCUACAGCUUUCUAGAUAUACAGGUAAUAUACAGGUAGUUGAUUCUAUUUUGGAUCAUCAGCAGGAGAAAUGAUGACACUUUCCAUACAAGCAGAACACUUGUGCUUCAUCGGGAGAGAAAUCAGAGAAGAGUAGGGAGUUGCUGGACCACACACUAUCCACUUUUGUAAAUUGCUCAGAAAUGAUGAGGCUGCCAGCCAUCUUUUUGUACUCUUAUUUCAAUUUAAAAAGUAAACUAAGAUAUUGA